CGUGCCAAUCAAUCGUCGGGAAUUGUCAUCGCGAGUGGGUGCACCAAAUCCCGAAGUCGUCACAGAGCAGAGCUCCAGGACGACGCCGUCAAGUGCGCCCGGGCAGCUCAAAACAAGUUGCCUCCCGUCUCUCCACUCAACCUUCGACCAAGUCGUCGACCAAGUCGUGUCGCUCCCUCCAAUUGGGCACCGUGAAGACCGUCACGCCACACUUCCCGAAACUAGUCCGUGCCAAUUUGCCCUGCGCGAAAAGUGUCGCCAACAACAAACGGCCGCAUCAACUCGUUUCCCUCGCCGCGCCUCGAACAAGAGCUCUGUCAACACCGAGCACGAUGAUUGCGCCUUCGGCCGUCUCACUCGCGGCCCGCCAGGCCUCCCUCGUUCGGGGGCCUUCAGCUCUCCUCCGCGUUUCCGCUCCUUCGCGAGUCUUGGUUGUGAGGAGGGGUUAUGCGACGCCCGCUGGCCCGCCGCCCAAGAACUUUCGCCUCAAGCCGCCCGUCGCAUGGGACCAAGAGAAAGAGAGUACCUUGGACAAGGUUGGGAAGUACUUCCUCCUGACCGAGAUGUUCCGGGGCAUGUAUGUCCUGUUGGAGCAGUUUUUCAGGCCGCCAUACACGAUCUACUAUCCUUUCGAGAAGGGUCCCAUUUCGCCCCGUUUCCGUGGCGAACACGCCCUUCGCCGGUACCCGUCGGGCGAGGAGAGGUGCAUUGCUUGCAAGCUGUGCGAAGCUAUCUGCCCUGCACAGGCCAUCACGAUCGAGGCUGAGGAGCGCGCCGAUGGCUCAAGGAGGACAACCCGCUACGAUAUCGACAUGACAAAGUGCAUCUACUGCGGGUUCUGCCAGGAGUCGUGCCCCGUCGACGCCAUCGUUGAAUCCCCCAACGCCGAGUAUGCCACUGAGACCCGCGAAGAACUGCUCUACAACAAAGAAAAACUAUUGUCCAACGGAGACAAGUGGGAGCCCGAGCUGGCAGCGGCGAUCCGGGCAGAUGCUCCCUACAGAUAAGGCGGGGAUAAUAAAGGGGGGAACAUCCUGGCGUUUGGAACCGUUGGAGCCGGAAGAUGGUGCCACCACAUAUUUGUAGACUGAGCUGUACAUACCACUUUUCUCGCCUGACAAAUCAAAGAGCAGCCCUUUUUGUUUGUCGCCACUUCUACCAGAACGAGUUCGCGCCAUCCCCAGUCACUCAAUUGGUGUAAAUGGUUGGUGUACGAAGUACCGAGGAGGUGGUACUGUUUUGCGGGAGAGCGUCACGUGCAGUGCACGAGCCACAGCAGCGAGCUUGCCGCGUUGCCAUCCGAGCUUCCAGCAUCCU